CACUGUGGGAAAUACACAUCAUGCAUAGAUCACAGCAUACCGUUCAAGCUACAUUGUGUUUACUAGAUGAUUCAAAGAAACUUCCACUGGUGUUCACAGAAAAAAAUAAAGUUUUAUUCAAGGUAUGUGUUCUUAUUUUUCAGCAGUACCAGAAAGCAAAAAGCUAAACAAUGAAAUAAAAUGACCACACUUAUUUCUUAAAUAGUGUGGAUCUUAUAAAGGAAAGACAAGAUCACUUUCCAUAUUCAGUUGGUCUCCAUGAGCAUAGAAAAACAAGAAAUGCGUUGGGACAGUAUUCUUAGUUUAAAAAAAAUGUAAACAUUGCAGUUUUAUAUCACAGAACUAAGUGCAAUAGGGACACUGCACCCAGACCACUUCAAUCAGAUUAAGUGGUCUGAGAGCCUAUAGUGUCCUCUAAUGCAAGAUGCAUGUGUGGAAUGCAAAGGUGCCUAUCAGUAUAUACCUGUGUUCUGGAUUGUGAGCAGUAUUGCAUUUGCAAAUAUGGAAGUGUCUGUCUGUGGUUAUAUGGGAAGUUUGUGCCUGUAAACAUUUGACCAUUUAAGGUUAAUUGUGGCAUCUACAAAUUGGAGUUAGUGUUACUACUAACAUUAUAUUAUAUACCCAAAACAAAAUAGCUGGCAGCGCACUUAUCUGUGAAACAGAUAUUGCCACAGUAGUGAAUGCUAUACCAGAUUUCUUUCAGAUAGCUCUGUAAAAGAGAAUACUCAAACAGGGCAAUCUAGUUUGAACACACUAUAUAAAAUACAGUGCGCUAUAAGUGGCAAAGACCUACACCUAUAAGUGGAGCGCUCAAAUAAAUAUAAUGCUUACCAAGCGUGACUUGAUUCAAUAGUACAUUAUGAAGUACAUGCCAAAAAAAUACAAAAAGAUACAAUAUAGUGCAGAUGGUAUAUAAAAUUGCAAUACAGAAAUAAUAAUGUAGCAAACUGUACACUCACAUUUUAAGGAGCCUGUAUAUAAAAACUGGCUCUGUAUUAAGGCUUGUGUGCUUUUAUUGGUAGCACCACCCUUCCACUUCGGCUUGGAGUGGUUCUCAUAAAAAAGACAUAAAAGGAGAAUGAACCAAUGUGUAGACUGUAGCGAUAAAAACACAGAUGUAAAAUAAAUGUGGUGCUCACCUGGUCCUGAGCCUAUGGGACCGGCUCUAAGGUGUAUAGAUGUGGUGCAAAUUUAAAUAGGGAUGGCACUGAGGACAAAAAGGACUUGAGCAGGAUAUCUUGAAUAAAAUAACAAAUUUAUUGAUAUACAAUAAUUAUAAAAAAUAAAUGGUAAAAAAAGUCCUUAGUAAAAGUCCUUUAAAAUGGCCAAUACGCAUUUCACUCUCAAUAGAGCUUCCUCAGUCAACUGUAAUGAUGGUCCUCUGAAUCUUCCAUUGUAAGUGUCCUUUAGGCCUUCCCCUUUAAUGAUCUGAAUACAAUUUAUCCAAUCACAGUGGUGUAUAUAUAUUUCUUGUGUGGGAUAAUUUGUGUGCAUACCUUUAAUUGGACGAAUUUUCUGCGCCUUUAUUUAUUGACAUUUUCAUUGGUGGACAAUGGUGGUUGGCGGAAGUACUGGGGGCCCACCGGGCGGUUGGCGGAAGUGACGUCACGGACCUCUGUGAACGUCAUCUAGCCCCCGCCUCGGGGAGACCCCCAGAUCCUCUGACCCUGCUACACACCUCUUAUGCGUGCGGGCCGGAGGCAGGGGACUUUACUCCAUAGGAGGAGAUUCAUCCUUGAGAGGGUGGUGUGCGAGCACAAAGGCCUGCCCCGCCCUUUGGGCGUGCCGAUGCAUCCGCAAGCCCCUACUAAGGACUUUUUUACCAUUUAUUUUUUAUAAUUAUUAUAUAUCAAUACAUUUGUUAUUUUAUUCAAGAUAUCCUGCUCCUUUUUGGAGCCUCUAGGAAUCUUCAUAUGGGCAGUGCCAUCCCUAUCUAAAUUGGCACCACAUCUAUACACCUUAGAUACGGUCCCAUAGGCUCAGGAACAGGUGAGCACCACAUUUAUUUUACAUCUGUGUUUUUAUCGCUACAGUCUACACAUUGGUUCGUUCUCCUUUUAUGUCCUUUUUAUGAGAACCACUCCAAGCCGAAGCGGAAGGGUGGUGCUACCAAUAAAAGCACACAAGCCUUAAUAUGGAGCCAGUUUUUUAUAUACAGGCUCCUUAAAAAGUUUGCUACAUUAUUAUUAUUUCUGUAUUGCAAUUUUAUAUACCAUCUGCACUAUAUUGUGUCUUUUUGUAUUUUUUUGGCAUGUACUUCAUAAUGUACUAUUGAAUCAAGUCACGCUUGGUAAGCUUUAUAUUUGUUUGAGCGCUCCACUUAUGGGUUUAGGUCUUUGCCACUUAUACCGCACUGUAUUUUAUAUGAUUUAGUGGAAAAGAGGAAAUUUCCACAUAAGUGUAUAGAGCUGCUUGUUAAUCACUCUUAUUCUUGUUUAAGCACUUUGUUACACACAUUCCUCCAUCAAAAGAGGUAAUUUUGGAUUGGUAUUCAUAGUUUGAACACACUGUUUGUUAAAAACAAAUCAAGAAAUAAAUCUCUAUUCCCUCCACACUCACAUUUUUCUGAGCUUGUACAUAACUGGCUCAAGUAAUUUCGCAUAUGUGAAAUGAAGAUAUGCCUGGAGUUAAGCUUCUGGUAUUGGAUCUCCAUUCAAGACAUUCGCCUAGAAAUCCUAUUUCCAAAAACACAAAACCUAAUAUACCUGCAAACACAGCGCCUGCCAACAGGUUUAUAAUAACCUUCUGUGAUGGUGUGAAUUUCUAGGCAAAUAUCUUGAAUAACAUAACUUUUUUUUUUUUAAUUACAUUUUUUAUUUUUGCAGUGCAUAUAGAUAUUACAAGCAGGCAUGAGGUGCCUUGAAAGCAGUCCUCAAGCAAUUAUCUCGCGAAACAUGCGGCACAAAGAUUAACAGGCACAUUUUUAUAUUAUUUUCAGCUUAAGUAAUCGAUUUUGAAUAGUAGGUUUAUGGUCAGCAUAUUAGCCAGUCUAUUGACGUCACAGGUUAUGCAUAUACAAACAUUCAGAGUGAGUAAUACAGGCUAGUUCUAGCUUUUAUCUCUUACAUUAGAGUGAGUUACGCUUGCUUAGUUUAGGCUUUUCACAAGAAACAUAUACUAGGGCACAAGCUAUAAGCCAUGUGUGUCAGAGUAAGAUUAAAUAAAAUAAAAUGAUUGAUUGCUUGACAAUGCUAGGUUAGCUAUGCUAGUGUAAUUAUAAUGUAUUAACAUGUUUUGCAGUAUAGCAGUAGCUGGUUGAUAUGUGGUGCAUAUACAGUAAGUUACAUCUUAAAGGUAUUAUGCAAACGAGAUUUGCCACCCUGAGUGACUGUAUUGGUAGGUGCUAGUGUGAGGAUGUUUGUAACAAAUGGUGCAGUCUUAGGUAAAGAAGGUUGAUUUCUCCUGGCUGUGUGUGAUGUGAUUGUGGAUCUGGCAACCUUCUGUGCUUUCAGCCUAUGCCCGUCGUGAGCAGGGUACAGUACCAGGUAUUGGGAUAAGUUAUUAAGGCGUAGUGACCCAGACAAGGUCGAUGCAGUGCCCAUAGUGUUUAGUGUCUUCUUCUGUAUCCCCUGUUUUCCUCUCCCUGCUUCAUCCUGCUUGGCCUUCCGGCAGCUGGCUCCAUAGGCACCACUGUCUGAUGCAGGCCUGUGCUUCCCGCCCUUUGUGCUCCACCGACCCGGUCUUUUUUGCGAUUUUCGUGUUUUCUUUGUGCUACGCCUAUUUCGAGGCUGCCAGGGAUCGGGUUUAGAUGGGUGCUGUUGCAAGGUUUGUUGAGCGGGUACUGGUUGUCGGAGGGACAGCGCCCCCCAGAAGUUGGCAAGAAGGUUGUCCAGGAAGGCCAGUGUUCUGGGCACCACAGCGCCAUAACCAGGCGUGGGGUCCGCAAUGUCCGUCAUGUUGGUUAUUGUAGCGGAGAUGCAAUAAUACCCAGGUUAUCUCCGCUUAUAAUCCAAGUGGGACUCAGGAACAAGUAAAUAGUAAAUCCACAUGCAAGGCUUCCAGCAGGUAAAAUACAGCAAUAUCCCAACAGCGAUCCCAAUAACUGGACGACACACAGUUUCAGGAGCAGAACUGACAAGCCUUUAAUCACAGUCUCCUUAUAAAGCAUGCUCCCAUGCAAGGGAGGGAUUACAGUAAUUAUUACAGUAGCCAAUCCUGUCCUGGUAACCUCCCACACAUCUCCUCCCCUCAGCCAGCAUCAUAAUCCCCUUAUCCAGCACACCAAUUCCCCCCGUUUCUGGAUGUACCCCUAAACGUAGGGGUACCACUUUAAAUCCUACAUCCCCGGAUACCCCGGAUCUGGGUGAACAACAUAUCCAAAAAUCACCCAGAUCAGACCAGGGGUUCGGGAAAUGUAUGGAGGGAAUAAAAUGACCGACCGCACUAACUGAGAUAGCCGAAUCCGGUUCCAUGUGAAUGGGCCCUGCGGUCGGUCCUGGCAUAAGGGAAUAAAAUACACGAAAACCUCUAGCUAUAGAGGCUAGGGAGGGUUCGCCUGAAUCCCCUCGUUCGGUAUUUUCUAUCUACCGAACGAGGGGCCGUUCGGUAGUUUGGAACCGAACGGACCAGGGCUGUGGAGGUCUCAGCGGUGUUCGCCUACUCGAGUGUCCGAUUUUAGUUCCAGACACUCGACGGCAAAACACCGCUGUUCGGGAGUUUUAAAAUGGCCGCCGCCACGUGUUCGUUUGUCGAAUGGCGGCCACCCCCGAGAACAAAGGACGGCUACUUACUGUUCAAUUACCCGUUCGCAACAAUGUUGCAACAGGUAAUUGAGGACACACUUCACACAGGGGAGGUCUGGUUGUUCGGUAGUUUCAUUCGAAUAAACUAAGGGAAUGAAACUACCGAACAAUCAGAGGAAUACAAUUCACUUUAAUACAUAGAAAACACAGCAGAUACACGAAUGCAGGUAAAACAGUAUAUUUGUAGGGUCGCCUGGGGCUAUCCGCUACAGUUAUGCCAUGUGGGGUGUCAAUGCUGUUUGAAGCAGGGUCACUUAGUCCUGGUGGAGGGAGUGAGCCGGGAUCUCCCCCGCCAGUCCAAAGGGGCGGGUUGCAGGGUGCCAUCAAGGGUUGUACGGAGGUCCGUCUGAGCUUGGCUGGGAGAGUGCCCGCCUCUCCCCUCCGCGCUGCUUGCUAGGCCUUACUCCGGCCCAUUGAGGGCUUAGUCUGGACGGCUGCCACCAAUCGUGCAAAGCCGGUCGCCUUACACCUGGCGUUCAAAACUUUGCUAUCUGAUUCAGAGAGAGCACCGGUAGGACGGGUAAGUCGCUUAGAUUCAACUAUUUGCCCGGAGCUCUCUGAAAACGCAUCCAGCCGCCAUCACAGUCAGACCCUGCCUCGGAGUUGUCUCUAUUUACUUACUCCUUGGACGCUCAACCUAACCUCCACCAACAUGAUGAGAUGGAAGGGGAGAGAUUGUUUCAAAUUAUCUCAUGUGGAUAAUGAUCAGGAACCAUAACAAGAAACAUGACCGUAUUUAAAAUGUGACUCUCUCUUAGCAGCACAAAAAAAAAGCAUCCAGUGGAUCAGAGACUGAUCAGAUGACAAAAAAAACCCACUCUCUGCUCCUCUUUUCAUAAGCAGAAUGGUCAGGUGAAGCAAAAUGUAAUCUUGAGUUUUAAGACAUAUGAUGUAGAAUUACAACUUUAAAUUGAAACUAAAAUGCCUAUAAUUGUUUCAAUAUAUUUCACAAAUUAUUAUUCUCAGUCUGUCAUUGUUUUCAGGUUGGCAACGUAUCUGAAAAAACACAUGAUAUAUUCAUCCUACAUCAGGACCAAAGCAACCGCUUCUCAUUCCACUGCAGUGAAGACAUUAACAGCAAGUGCCUUUGUGUGAAGAGUAAAGAAGUGAUAUUAGAUCGCCCAAGUCAAACUACUGAACAUCUGUUUGACAUGUAACUAUUUGUUUUUUCUUUUAGCAUCACUCGGGUGCAUUCAUGUAUACAGGGCCGCCAUCAGAAAUUUUAGGGCCCCUGACAAAGCACAAGGUUUGGGCCCGCCCACGCCCUACCUGGUCCGCUGACAAUGAUGCAGGACUGAAUGUGGUGUGUAUAGUGGAAGUAAAUUAGAAUAUGUGUAAUGGAUGUAGUGUUUGUGUGUAUUAGAUACUGUUUGUACAGUGAAUGCAGAGUGUGUGUUUGUGUAGCGGAUGCAGUGUGUAUAGUGAACGCAGAGUGUGUUUGAGUAGUGGAUAUAGUGUGUGUACAGUGAUGUAGUGUGUGUUUGUGUAGUGGAUGUAGUGUUUGUAUGUACUAGAUGAAAUGUGAUUAGUGGAUGUAGUGCGUGUAUUAGACGCAGUGUCUGUGUAUAGUGAAUGCAGAGUGUUUCAAUGUGUGGUGGAUGUAGUGUGUGUACUGUGAAUACAGGAUGUUAGUGUAAUGAAUGCGUGAUUGUGUGUCAGUAUAGUGAAUCCAUAGUGUAUGCAUAGUUUAGUGAAUGCAGAGUGUGUGUUAGUGUGUAGUGAAUGCAGAGUGUGUCAGUGUAAUGAAUGUAGUGUGUGUGUUAGUGCAGUGAAUGCAGAGUGUGUGUAAAUUUGUAGUGAAUGCAGAGUGUGUGUAAAUUUGUAGUGAAUGCAGAGUGUGUGUUAAUGUGUAGUGAAUGCAGAGUGUGUGUUAGUGUAGUGAAUGCAGAAUGUGUUAAUGUGUAGUGAAUGCAGAAUGUGUUAAUGUGUAGUGAAUGCAGAGAGUGUGUUAGUGUGUAGCGGAUGCAGAGUGUGUGUUAGUGUAGUGAAUGCAGAGAUUGUUAGUGUGUAGCGGAUGCAGAGUGUGUGUGUUAGUGUAGUGAAUGCAGAGUGUGUUAAUGUGUAGUGAAUGCAGAGAGUGGGUUAGUGUGUAGCAGAUGCAGAGAGUGGGUUAGUGUGUAGCGGAUGCAGAGUGUGUGUUAGUGUGUAGCGGAUGCAGAGUGUGUGUUAGUGUGUAGCGGAUGCAGAGUGUGUGUUAGUGUAGUGAAUGCAGAGAGUGUGUUAAUGUGUAGUGAAUGCAGAGAGUGUGUUAGUGUAGUGAAUGCAGAGAUUGUGUUAGUGUGUAGUGGAUGCAGAGUGUGUGUGUUAGUGUAGUGAAUGCAGAGUGUGUUAAUGUGUAGUGAAUGCAGAGUGUGUGUUGUGUUAGUGUAUGCAGUGUGUGUGUGUGUUGUGUUAGUGUAUGCAGUGUGUGUGUGUUGUGUUAGUGUAUGCAGUGUGUGUUGUGUGUUAGUGUAUGCAGUGUGUGUGUGUUGUGUUAGUGUAUGCAGUGUGUGUUGUCUGUUAGUGUAUGCAGUGUGUUGUGUGUUAGUGUAUGCAGAGUGUGUGUGUUGUGUUAGUGUAUGGUGUGUGUUGUGUUAGUGUGUGGUGUGUUUAUUGUGUUAGUGUAUGUAGUGUGUGUGUGUGUGUUGUGUUAGUGUAUGCAGUGUGUGUGUGUUGUGUUAGUGUAUGUAGUGUGUGUGUGUUGUGUUAGUGUAUGCGGUGUGUGUGUUGUGUUAGUGUAUGUAGUGUGUGUGUUGUGUUAGUGUAUGCAGUGUGUGUGUUGUGUUAGUGUAUGUAGUGUGUGUGUUGUGUUAGUGUGUGUAGUGUGUGUGUUGUGUUAGUGUAUGCAGUGUGUGUGUUGUAUUAGUGUAUGCAGUGUGUGUGUUGUUUAGUGUAUGCAGUGUGUGUGUUGUGUUAGUGUAUGCAGUGUGUGUGUUGUUUAGUGUAUGCAGUGUGUGUGUUGUGUUAGUGUAUGUAGUGUGUGUGUUGUGUUAGUGUAUGUAGUGUGUGUGUUGUGUUAGUGUAUGCAGUGUGUGUGUUGUGUAAAUGUGUGAUCUGGGGGGGGAGGGGGAGGAAGGGGCAUUUUAACAUUAAUUUUUAAUUAAUUGAAUUAAAUGUUUCUCCCCCAUCCCUGCUUACCUGUAUCCAGGGAGGGGGGAGAUUCCAUCUGUGGUGGCCCGGUGGCAUGGGGCCCCCCGGCUCCCUGUUACCGUCCGCAGAGGGGGCCCAGGCAGCACACAGGUUCUCCUCUUCUAAUAACUCUCGCGAGACCCGCGGAGCGUUGCCAUGGUAACCGGGUCUCGCGAGAGUUAUUAGAAGAGGAGAAGACAGGAGGAGAAGCUGUGUGCUGCCUGGGCCCCCUCUGCGGACAGUAACAGGGAGCCGGGGGGCCCGCGGCUGCACACAUAGAUAGCGAGAUUCGUUAUCUAUGUGUGCAGAGAAACAAAGUGGGGCCCAGGACUGCCAGAGCAGUCCGGGCCCCCCAGGGCCGCCGGGCCCGUGACAACAGUCACGGUUGUCACCCCCUGAUGGCGGCCCUGCAUGUAUAAUUUGCAUGUGUUGCAAGUCAGAAAAAUAUUAAUAGGUGAUAUCUGUAAUAUUGAAGGGCUGCCGUAGGAACUCUGGCGCUGCCCCUCUGUUCAGUGUGGAAUCGUUUUCAAGCAGCUAAACACUACAUAAGGGGUCCUAGUCAGGGGUCAAGUCCUGGGGAAAAAAGUGUGGGAACUCACCCAAGAGUCCCGCCUCCCCCCCCCCCCCCUUAAAAAAAAAUAAAAAAAAUUACACUCCUAUGCAUAUAGUGCAGUGCAGGGUGUGUAUAAUAAAUGUAGUGUGUUUGUAGUGAAUGCAGAGUAUGAAUAAUAAAUGUAGUGUGUUUGUAGUGAGUGCAGUGUGAAUAAUAAUUGUAGUGAAUUUGUAGUGAGUGCAGAGUGUGUAUAAUAAAUGCAGUGUGUGUUUGUAGUGAGUGCAGAGUGUGUAUAAUGAAUGUAGUGUAUUUGUAGUGAGUGCACUGUGUAUAAUAAAUGUAGUGUGUGUAUAGUGAGUGCACUGUGUAUAAUAAAUGUAGUGUGUGCAUAGUGAAUGCAGUGUGUAUAGUGAAUGUAGUGUGUUUGUAGUGAGUGAAGAGUGUGCGAGUGUUGGACGACGUGCGUGCGAGUGUUGGAUGAUUGUGUGUGUGUGUGUUGGAUGAUUGUGUGUGUGUGUUGGAUGAUCUGUGUGUUGGAUGAUGUGUGUGUGUGUGUGUGUUGGAUGGUGUGUGUGUGUGUGUGUGUGUGUGUGUGUUGGAUGUGUGUGUGUGUGUUGGAUGGUGUGUGUGUGUGUUGGAUGAUGUGUGUGUGUGUGUGUGCGUGUGUGUGCUGGAUGAUGUGUGUGUGUGUGUGUGCUGGAUGAUGGGUGUGUGAGUGCUGGAUGAUGGGGGGAGGGGGAAAGCAUUUUUUUUUACUUUAUGUAUAAUUUUUAUUUUAUCCCCCCUCCCUGCUUCUUACCUUGUCAGGGAGGGGGGAGAUCGCCUGGUGGUCCGGUGGAGGGAGCCAGCCGCUGCACACAGGGGCCAUCACACGCUGUGUUCCCUCUCCAGCUCUAACUCUCGCGAGACUCGCCUGUGCGGAGCGUUGCCAUGGUAACAGCCGCGGGUCUCGCGAGAGUUAUAGCUGGAGAGGGAACACAGCGUGUGAUGGCCCCUCUGUGCAGGUAGCAGGGCCGGUCCUGCAGGACAGGUAACGGGAACGGCGUUCCUGCUGUGGAAAAAGUGCGGGAACGCCGUUCCCAUGCGUUCCUGCAGGACUCGAGCCCUGGUCCUAGUCAACCACAGAGAUUACACACUUCCUUUUUGCCAUACCAAUCUAUAGCAGCAAUGGGCUUUGUGUCCGAAAGCAGUCAUCUGAUUCUUUCAGCCAAUCACAGCUGCCCAUUGCCGCUCAGGCUAUUUCUUCCUUAUAAGCCCAAGCAGCACAGAGAGGAUGGGCUUUUAGGGACUCUCAUUAAAUUAAAACUGGUUUAACAUUGAAUGGAAGAAUGGAGCCAGGAGAGUCCGUACACUAUAACCACUUUGAGAUGAAGCAGUUACGGUGUCCCUUUAAGCAUGGAAUAAAUAUUCUGUAAGUCCUAGACCUUCUCCAACAUCCGUUCAUACCUGCCUCUGCUACACUCAUACCCUCAUGCUUUGUUUUUGGUACACUUUGAGUGGGGUAUGUGUGUGUAUGUAUGUAUAUAUGUGUGUAUAUAUAUAUAUAUAUAUAUAUAUAUAUAUAUAUGAGUGUAACUGACUAUAUAUAUGUGUGUACAGCGAUGUAUUUUCUGCGAGGCUAACAAGGCAUUUGCCUUGGGCGGCACUUUCCAGGGGGGCAGCAUAAAAUGCCCUGUUAGCCUCAGUUUAAGGGGGUUCAUGAGCUGUCCGGCUGGCCAUCUUUGGGCUCCCCGGGAUAGGCGGCCAGUUGAACUCCAGGUGGGUGGCGAGGGAUCAGUGAUUUGUGAGCUAUAUGAUGUCACUCUGGCUCCCGCCAUCACUCUUCGACCUGCGAGGGAGCUGAAAGGGAGAUCACAGCUCCUUCACUGCCAGCUUAGCGCGGCAUUAUAUAUAUAUAAAUAUUUUUUUAUUUUAUUUUUUUGCUGGCCUGUCAUUGUGGAAUGGGGGAGCAGGCAAUGAGUCUCUUAACUGGACAAUCUUCCCAGCUGAGGAUGUUCAUUAAAUAGUUUCCCAGCCAAUGCUUGUCAUAGCCUGCUUGUAAAUUGCCUGCUUUGGAUUCCUGGGCUACCAGGCAUAUGCUGCUCUGCGAUGCUUUGUCUUGUACUCAUGUCUCUGUCUUAUUCUAGGGAGCUGCACUGCGUGUGA